AUGCAUGACAACUAUGCUGUUUUCGUAGACAAUGUCGUAAAAAAUUAUGGCAACAGGGAAGUUUUGAAGCAACUAUGUAUGAAGGUAGAAAGAGGAACCAUUUAUGGUUUAUUAGGAGCCAGUGGAUGCGGGAAGACCACUCUUCUGAGUUGCAUAGUAGGACGCAAAAACAUUGAUGGGGGGGAAAUUUGGGUUUUGGGUGGAAAACCCGGUGAACCAGGCAGUGGUGUACCUGGACCCAGAGUUGGCUACAUGCCACAGGAUAUUGCUCUAGUGGGAGAAUUCACGGUCAAAGAUGCAAUAUACUAUUUUGGUAGAAUAUUUGGCAUGGAUGAAAGUUUGAUUGCGAAAAGAUAUCGCAGUUUACAAACUUUACUUGAACUGCCUCCAGAUGACAGGUUUUUAAAGAACUGCAGCGGUGGACAACAGCGAAGAGUAUCUUUGGCUGCUUCCUUGGUGCACAAACCGGAAUUGUUGAUAAUGGAUGAACCCACCGUAGGAGUUGAUCCGGUUUUGAGAGACGGCAUAUGGAAUCACUUAGUUGAUAUUACGAGGAAAGAAAAUACGUCUGUGAUAAUUACUACGCAUUACAUUGAGGAAUGUCGUCAAGCAAAUAAGAUUGGAUUGAUGAGAGAAGGCAGACUUCUAGCAGAAGAAUCCCCAGGCAGAUUACUGACAAUUUUCAACACCACCACAUUAGAAGAGGUCUUUCUAAUUCUGAGUAGAAGACAAGAAGAAGGAAGACUGACUGAUGUGGCAUCUCUUCCAAUAGCCGACGAUCAAAAUAACACCAUUGUGGAUGCAACUCAUUUAGCUGGAUCCACAGCAAGUGUGGCGACUGUUUCAACCUUCGAAAUUUCAACCGGAUCAACAGACGUGCUGACUACCAAACCUAAAGAAAACCGAUGUAAAACUAAAAAUUCCAUGAGUACUAAUCGAAUGAAGGCUUUGCUGGACAAAAAUUGGAAACAGUUUUAUCGAAACAUUACGGGUGUUGUAUUCUUAUUGACAUUUCCAAUUAUCCAGACCAGUAUUUUCAUGAGCACAGUAGGUGGAAAUAUAAGAGACAUAAAAUUGGGCAUUGUGAAUGACGAAUCGAUGACCACUGCUUGCCCGAAUUUCUCACCAAAUGGCACUGCUGUUCCAUACGACUUCAGUUCAUGUCAUUUUUAUAACAUGAGCUGUCGAUUUUUGACUUACCUCGAUCACCCAAUGAUACAUAAGGUUCCUUACGAUACCGUCGAAGAGGCUACAGAAGCAGUAACUCACGGUCAUAUAGUGGGUGUUCUAUACAUGUCCGAGAAUUUCACGGGUUUGGCAGAGGAGAGAAUAGAAAAAGGAAAAGAUAUAGAUCCUGUAGUUUUAGACUUGAGUCAGAUCAAAGUGUGGAUGGACAUGUCAAAUCGACAAAUUGGCGCGACUCUCCAAGUGAAGUUGGUCGAUUUGUACAUCAACUUCCAGAAUGAUUUAUUCAACGAUUGCAAAUUCAUCCCUGGACUGGCAGAUCUACCUAUCGAUAUCGACUACUACUACGGCGACCAAGACGAACCUUACACUGUUUUUAUGAUACCUGGAAGCCUUAUAACGAUAAUGUUUUUCAUGGGAGCAAUGAUGACGUCACAAAUCAUCAUAAUGGACAGACACGAAGGAGUUUGGGAUAGAUCCAUAGUUGCAGGAGUAACUUCUAUGGAAAUCACUGUCACACAUCUGAUGCUGCAAGCUUCCAUAGCCAUUUUCCAAACGGUGGAAAUGCUGAUAGUCGUUUUUGCUAUUUAUCAACAGACGUACUCUGGGAGCAUUUUGUUGAUAUACCUGAUGGUGUAUCUACAAGGAAUAUGCGGAAUGUGUUAUGGAUUUUGGGUGUCCGUUAUCAGUACGGAUCAUUCGAUGGCUAAUAUUAUUGUUACUGGAGCUUUCUUACCUAUGAUGAUGUUGAGCGGAAUGAUGUGGCCAACUGAGGGCAUGCCCUUUGCACUCAGAAUGGUCGCGAAGUGUCUACCUUUUACUGUAGCCAUAGAAUCUCUGAGAAACGUAACGAAGAAAGGAUGGUCUCUGGAUAAUUUCGAAGUGUACGAUGGCCUUGCCAUAUCAGUCUUAUGGGCAAUAUUCUUUGGAUCACUCAGUUUGUAUUUGGUCAAGAAAAAGAGAUAA